GGUAUGACUUGUGGGUAGCUUUGGCCAGUUUUACUUUUACUGGUAGUAAAAUUAUAAUGUCACUGGUAAUUGUGGGUAGAAUGGCCUACCAUAUAUUUGACACACUAUCAGCAUUGGUAACGGUAUGCAGGAAGUUAUAAAUAGUGCAUGACAUAAUUACAUAGUUUUCCUUGCCAUGAUCAUUGAUUUACGGUAUACAUUUUUUUUUUUUUUUUUCUUUUUACAAACAAUCAAUAGAGUUUAUAAGUUUCAUUUUUCAUUUGCACGAUACAGCGUAUCAGGAAACUUUUUUCAGUACAUGUACUCGAAUUUACGUAACUUCCGGUUUAGGCACUGGAGAUAAACAAAGACGCCACGAGGUUUUUAGGAAUGCUGUGUUUCGUUACUGGCUGUAAUCACCAGAGUUUGAGAGAAACUUGUAGUUUCUACAGAUUUCCUAGAAAAAGUUUGAAGCAGUGGGAGAAAUUGUGCAGGAGAAAAGAUAGGACAGUGACCUCAUCGGACAGAAUAUGUAGCUGUCAUUUCAAAGAUGGAAGGAAGGAGAACGGCCCAACCUUGUUUCCUUGGAACCAGGGUACUUACUUUGACUUCCAGGAUCCGAAUACAAUUUCACGACAUCAAUCCAGACAAGCUGACCCUUGUACAGAAGAAGAGACUGAGACAGCUGUUACAUGUAAUGACAGAGAACCUUUGACUACAAAUGAGACUGUUGAUCUGGAGCACACUUAUAUGCGGUCCUAUACAUCUCUUGUACAAGAGAUCAAGGGACUUGAAAAGCAAAUUGCAGAGUUGCUGACAGAAAUUAGUUACCUCCAGUCCAAAAAACAUCCUGUAACAGUUGCCAAAAUAAUGGAAAAUGAAAAGAAGAUGAUGAUGUACACCUCUUUAAAACCAGAGAUAUUUAGCAUCAUAGACACAACAUUACAGCGGUUCCCUCUGGUAUAUGUGGAUGGGUGGACUCCAAGUGCUUUUUCGAGGUCGGACCAACUUUUCAUAACAUUGAUGAAACUGAAGCUGAACUGUCCCCUCCUUGACCUUGCCGAACGAUUCUGUACCAGCAAAGCCACAGUACAUAAUAUCUUCAUUACCCAUGUUUUUGCUUUGCAUGAAGUGUUUUUUGUAGGCAUGAUGGAAAACAAUAUGCCAUCUCUUCUGAAAUGCAAGUCAUCAAUGCCAUCAAGCUUUGGAGAUUUCAGUUGCUGUCGUCUGGUAAUUGAUGCCACAGAGGUGACGCAGGAUGUCCCUGGUCAGGACAUGGCAGCUCAAUCCCAGACAUAUAGCUCAUACAAAAAUCGACACACUGUAAAGGCAGUAACAGGUGUUGCUCCUAAUGGAGCAGUUGUGUACGUUAGCAAACUUUAUCCUGGCAGUACCUCAGAUGUGGCUAUAGUGGAACACAGCAACAUGUUAGCUAAGUUAUCGCCUGGGGACAUGAUCUUGGCAGAUAAAGGUUUUACGAUCUAUUCACUUCUUCCUCAAGGUGUUCACUUGAAUAUUCCCCCAUUCCUUAAAGAUAAGGGACAAUACACACCAGCUGAAGUUCAGGUUUGCAGAAAGAUAGCUCGUUCAAGAAUCCAUGUCGAGAGAGUGAAUGAGAGGAUAAAAAAUUUUGAGAUUCUUUCACAUAUUCCCCAGCAAUUUCGCCACAUUAGCACAAAGAUUUUUCAAGUUUGUUCUAUGCUUGUAAACUUUCAAGAUCCAAUGAUCGCUGAAAUUGCAGAUAAUUACACUUCCAAUCAGUAAAUUGAUAUGGUUGUUUAUCUCUUUCAAUCUAUAGAGAAGAAUACUAUGUGGUUAACUGGCAGGUAAAAUGUGGUGUACAUUGUGUUGAUAUUCAUGAAUGAAGUACAUGUACUGAAAUGUAAAGGAAUGCACCUCAUUUUAUUAAAUGUGCAUAAAUGUUCAA